UUCAGGGGGUGCGUAGUCCGGAAUUUAAUUCGUGAGGGUGAAUAUCGGGAACAAAGGAUUGAGCUGGAUAAAAGGCGGCAGAUCAACAAUUUUCAUCAAUAAAACCUUGCAAAAUUGCUUGCAGAUUGUCUCUGCCUGGUAGUCGAAUUGCGCGUGAGUUUGGACAUUCAUUUGUACAGGGUGUGAGUGAUUAGAUACGCCGGUUUCUCGGUUUUUGAAUGAAUUUGCUAUUUAGGAUAUAAACAGGAUUUGUAGCGCUUCUCACGGGAAAAACCCUGCCAACAUGGGCUGUAAUACAAGCAAGGAAACAUCGACAACAGCUAAUGAAAACGAAAGUAAGGAUCAGAAAAUCAAUGAAGACAAUCAAGAGGAAUCAAAAGACAACCACGUUGGAACCGCCAGUUCAGCCAAGACGAUAACAGUCCGAUCAAACGGAACAGCGGAUUCGAAUAGCGAGAAACAGCCAAACAGCGAAGAAGAAGCAGCCACUAAGAUACAAGCAGCUUUUCGAGGCCAUAAAACCAGAAAAAGCAUGAAACAACCACAAUCGCAAUCGCAACAAGAACCUGAAAGGGAGCCCACCAGGGAGGAGCUGGAGAACGAGUUCAGACUGGACGAUGCAGAACUUUGCAAUGCGGCCACCAAGAUACAAGCGUCUUUCCGGGGUCACAUGUCGAGGAAAAAUCUGGAGGGCGAGAAGAAGCCCGACGAGAAAGAUAACAAAGAAGAGGAGCUCGACAUAGAUCUGACGGAUCCGGAUUUGAAUAAAGCUGCUGCCAAAAUCCAAGCUUCGUUCCGGGGCCAUUUGAACCGCAAAGACGGCCACGGAGAAGGAGAAACUUCGGCAAAUUAAGCCUCGAGCUCCUUUCCAGGAAAAAAAUAUAAAGCCGUUCUUUAUAUGUAUUGUUUGAUAUUACAAGAUAUCCUGUAAAUGCUGUUACCCGGUGUUCCGACCACAAAUGUAUGUACCUUGUGAUCCUUUAUAUCGCUGAUUUUAUAUUCUAUAACUUCCACAGUGAAUCGUUUUGAUUUGAUGGGACCCAAUUUAAUGGCAAAAUAGAAAUAAACUGGGAUUUUUUUGAAAAAAAUCUCGUCGCUUUAGCCAGACAGUAACAAUGUAAAAACGCAACUAAAGCCCUGGAGAUUGUAUUUAACAACAAAAUAUUCGGCUUCACUGCCCCUUUUGUAUCUCAUAGGACGUUUUAAAGAGUGAUAAUAAAUAUUGUGUCAAUUUCGACUCGUUACAAUAGUACUUAAAGUCACACAAUCAAAACGCGUUUUCUAAGAUUUUCUUACUGAAUUCCUGAAAUAAAUGGGUCUAUGAAUUACCUACCAAAAGUAAAACCCCCCGAAGUCAAAACCAGUAUCUACUUACCAAGAUAUGGUACUAUGUAUUUACUUCCUAAGUUUAAUCAAAGCAGACAUUAUUUAUUAAAAAAAUUAUACCCCAUACAAUUACGUCCUCCUUCUGUUACAUUAAGAGUAAGUAAAAGUAAAAAGAUUGCACUUUGUUGAAAACUGCACCCUCUACGCUUAAAGAGUUGUAAAAUUGUUGGCGAAUUUAAUUUUAAGGCUUUUUAUAAUAAGUAUUAGAAUCAACAGACCUUAGAAAUUCCGAUUUAGGUUCCCUUAGAAAAAGUUUUUAGAUUAAAGGCCUCUCCAUUUACGUAGAUUUUUAUUUGGUUGAGUAAAACGUUUUGCUAGCGUUGGGUUUAAUUAUCAGUUACAUUAAAACGCAAUGUGUUUAAUCUGAUAGAAAUAGCAACCUGAUUAUCUCGACAGAAGCUUGUAAGAAUAUAGAAAUCAAUAUCUCGGAAUAUAGUACCAUAACUAAGACA